CGUUGCUAACGUUAGCUCAUUGAAACCGUUUCUAACGUGUACUGAUGUGUGGAAGUUUUUACAGACAGUUGUUCUGUCUUAUCUCAGGUUAAUAUUUUAUCACUUAAAGAUGAGUUCAGUCCAGAAUCUGAGAGAGUUGAUCAACGAGCGACUAACUGCUGCUGCUGAAGAAAUAUUCACAGAGUUUGAGAAAACCAUCGUCCAGUACGAGGAGGAGAUCGAUCGUCAGCGCAGACUGCUGGAUAACAUGUGGAAACCUGAGAUAAAGUUACACACAACAGAACUUGUACAGCAACAUGUCCAGGAGGAGAAUGUUUUUGCUGAGCAGAAUCUCUGCAACCAGGAGAGGAACUCCAGUCUGGACCAGGAGGAUCCAGAGCCUCCACAGAUGAAAGAGGAUCAGGAUCAGGAGAAACUCUACACCAGUCAGGAGGGAGAGCAGCUUGCACUGAUGCAAGAGACUGAUACACUGGUUCAGAGCAAAUCCAAAUGUGAAGAAAUAUCCAGAGAAAUAUUUGGACUUUCUGAUAAACCACUUGGCCAGUUGGAUGAAGACAUCGAUUAUCAGCACAGGGUGCUGGAUAUCAUCCGGAAACCACAAAUAAUAUUACACAGAAUUGACCACCUGCAUCAAGAUGUCUGUAAAGAGGGGGAUGGUCUCACUAAUCAGCAGCUCUGUAACGAGGACAAGGACUUUAGUCUGGACCAGGAGGGCCCAAACCCUUCACAGAUGAAAGAGGAACAGGAGGCAUUCUGCACCAGCCUGGGCCAGGAGGCCCCACAGCCUCUACAGAUUAAUGAGAAACAGAAGGAACUCUGCACCAGUCAGCAGGGAGAGCAGAUUAUAGAGAAGCAAGCUACUGGUACAAUUCUAUUGACUUCAACUGAGAAGGACAGUGACCAGAAUGAACUAGAAACAAACAGUGACCAGCUUCUCUCUUCCAAUUCACCAGUAGCUGAGAGCCCACAUCAGGAAGGAAGUAAGCAUGUAGACUCAGGGUCAACUAGAAAUGCAGCGCUGAAGCCAAAGAAGAGUCAUAACAGAAAGAGUAGUCACAGUAGCAAUGCAGACAAAAGUUCAGCAUCAGGAAAUCACCAUGAUACUGACACAAGUAGAAAGUCUUUAAAAUAUGAUAUUUGUGGAAACACCUUUAAGAAUAAGUACCAAAUGAAGAAACAUCACCAAAUCCACAAAGGCAUAAAACCACUUGCCUGCAAAGCAUGUGAAGAAAAUUUUAAUUUACGGUCUGAGCUGAAAGUCCAUAUGGUCAUUCACAAAGAUGAGAAACGGUAUUCUUGUGAAACAUGUGGGAAGAGUUUCAGUGAAAGUAGGUAUCUGGCUGCCCAUAUGAGAACUCACACAGGUGAGAAGCCACAUUCUUGUAAAACCUGUGGAAAAUGUUUCACUCAGCGUCAUGGUUUGGUGGCUCACAUGAGAACACACACAGGUGAGAAACCAUAUUCUUGUGAAACAUGUGGGAAACGUUUCAGUAAAAGUAGUGUUCUGACUGUCCACAGGAGAACUCACACAGAUGAGAGGCCAUAUUCUUGUGAAACAUGUGGGAAACGUUAUAGGAAAAGUAGUAGUCUGACUGUCCACAUGAGAACUCACACAGGUGAGAAACCGUAUUCUUGUGAAACAUGUGGGAAAAGUUUCAGUAAAAAUAGUGUCCUGACUGUCCACAUGAAAACUCACACAGGUGAGAGGCCGUACUCUUGCAAAACAUGUGGCAACAGUUUCAUUUUAAGUAAUCAUCUGACUGUCCACAUGAAAACUCACACAGGUGAGAAACCGUAUUCUUGUGAGACAUGCGGCAAAUGUUUCACAAACACCAGUAAUCUGACUGAGCACAAGAGAACACACACAGGUGAGAAACCACAUUCUUGUGAAAACUGUGGAAAAAGUUUCACUCAACGUAGUGGUUUGUUGUCCCACAUGAAAAUACACACAGGGGAGAAACCGUUUUCUUGUGAAAAAUGUGGAAAAAGUUUCAGUGACCGUACAUAUCUGACUGUCCACAUGAUAACUCAAACAGGUGAGAAGCCUUAUUCUUGUAAAACCUGCAGGAAAAGUUACAGUCAAAGCAGUCAUCUGAUUGUCCACAUGAGAACUCACACAGGUGAGAGGCCGUAUUCUUGCAAUGUGCAGAAAAAGUUUCCCUCAACAUAAUGAUUUGUUGUCCCACAGGAGAACACACACUGGUGAAAAGCCAUAUUUUUGUGAAAGGUGUGGGAAAACUUUCAGUGAACAUGGUAAUCUGACUGCCCACAUGAGAACUCACACAGGUGAGAGGCCAUAUUCUUGUAAAACCUGCGCAAAA